AUGGGAUCAUCACUUUUUUGGUAUGAAAACUGGACAGGUCUUGGGGCACUAUAUUUUUUAGUUCCUCAGGACUUUGGCAUUGAUGAAAAUGUACAUAAUGUACAUGAUGUUACCUUAGAUGGUGAGUGGGAUGUGGACAGGCUAUUUGAAAUACUUCCUGAAGACUUAGCAGUUCACAUUCUGGAGAAAAUCAAACCACCUUCAACUAUGCAGGUCCUUGACAGGCCUUGUUGGAUGCUGGAAACAAGAGGAUAUUUCAGUGUUAAGUCAGCAUGGGAGUAUACGAGAAGAAGAGACGAACCAAGAACAGCUUAUAGAAUGAUUUGGCCUGACGAGGAAUCUCUUCAGCAUUUGUUUUUUAGAUCAAAAACUGCAAAGACAACUUGGAAGUAUUUUCUAUCGAGGGUAGGAAUAGUUGUGGAGGGACUUACAUUGCACCAAGCAAUCACAAAAUGUUGGACUGCAAAUGUGUGCUUAAGGCUAAAAGCGUUAAUGCAAGCACUCCCCUCAUCCGUAGUUUGGGAACUUUGGAAAAGAAGAAAUAGUAUGAAGUAUGGUGAUGCUGUGACAACUAGCAGGGUGAUUUAUCAGGUUUUAUCAAAUCUUCAGGCAUUGGUGAAAGUGAGAAAGCCGGGGAUGGACAUGGUACCUCACAAAUGGCAAGAUCUAUUAGCUAUGAUGGAAAAUUUCACUCCUAAACUUAAAGUUACAAAAGUCAUGUGGGAAUUUCCAAGUGCAGGAUGGCUAAAAGUUAAUACUGAUGGUGUAUCGAGGGGAAAUCCAGGGAGGAGCUCAAUAGGUUUUUGUAUAAGAAAUGAAAAUGGUGACAUAGUCAAGUCAGUAGGGAAAGAGAUUGAAGAGACAACAAACACAGUAGCUGAAGCGAAGGCCAUGGUAGAAGCACUAAGGUUCUGCAGAUUUCAACAAUACUCUCAUGUAGACAAAAUGAUGCAACUAAUGAAUGGGGGCAAUUACACAGUGACUCAUAUUCAUAGAGAGGGCAACAAGCUGGCAGAUCAUUUGGCUAAUUAUGCUUUAGAUCAUGGAGAAAUAGAAUGCCAACAAUUCUGGCAUCUAGAUGCACAGGGAAGGAGGUUGGUUAAUGAAGAUAAGCUGCAAUGUCCAAAUCUAAGGGUGAAGGGAUAUGGGAAUAUAAAAAUGAUUGAUCCUAAUUUCGAGCACGACAAGAAGCAAAUGGCAUUGGAAACACAACUAGCAUGUGCAACAAAUAUGUUUUCGAGAAAACCAGGCAACAAAGGCCAAUGCUUUAUAUUAUCGCAUGCUUCAAUCCAAUUCGGAUUAAAUAAUCUCUUAAUAUGCAUACAAGAUUUAAUGUGGAAGGACUGGCAGACAACACAUGCUGGUGAGCAAAGGAAUCAAAAGGAAUCAAAUGGAAAAGUGGAAUGCACAUGGAAAGUUAUCUAG